CGAUUUGACAGCUGCGAAAUCAUCUGUUUACAAGGGGCGAGGACUACUACGACCACUAGGUAUACCCUGGCCACCACAAGAGACUUCAUCUCUCGUCCUUUUUAUGACACUCUGUGACGGGGCGACUGAUACCGUAAUUAAACCCGGGUCCCGUCGAGUGACAGAUGUGAGGUGGAGACAUCUCGGGGCACCGUCAGGAUGGCGCAGUGUAAAUUAACGCCGCCGGAAUACAUCCAGAAUGCCUUCGCUCCCCAAGUGGCCGUUCUCUGCAGUGAGGAUGCAGAUAAUUUGUGCCUCAAGAACAAUUUGCGCUUCGUCGAGUUGAUCCAGCCCUUCUGUCGCCUCAAUGUCGAGAGUCAUUGCAAGCACGAGCGAAAAUCCCUUGGAUCAGCUAAAUCGUUUGUCGCAGUAUCAGCACCAACAGCACCACCAGACCCCAGCCCGUUUUCCAAAGUGGUUUUCACCGAACAUUCUGAAGUUUUAUCUUUUGAUUCAUGACGUAGCUGCGGGAGACGUUCAUAGAUCAGAUCAGUUGUAUGAACAGAUGACUAGUAUGUAUGGGAGUGUGAAUUGCCACAUUUUGAAAAUAAAUUCAAGACAAGCCGAUCAAGGUGAUUUGCAUCUUCCCGAUCCUUGGAGUCAAUUUUUGAUCCAGCGUGCAUCUAUUGACCCUGGAGGCAGUAGCUCAGAAACAAGCAGUGGCACAGGGACGCCCCGUGAAGAUGUAAGUGGCCUCCCUUCUCGUGUGACAGAAGGGGACACCACUGAUAACUGUGAACCGAUUCAUCCUUUGUCUCCUGUGGCACCCCCAGAAGAGGAGAAAAAUGGAAAGUUUGAUAUGAUGCCAGGGGUGGAGAUAUCAGCAGAUGUCCCUGUCCUAGUCAAUAGACCUACCUUACCAACAGGUGUGACUCAACAUCAUGGUGGAUGCCUGACAACGCAAGAUGUUGAUGCUAUUCGAACUUUUGUGAAUGAUUUCUGCAUUAAAGCUCUGAUUCCUCAUGUGGAGAGACAGAUCAGAUAUUUGAAUGAAGCUGUAACUAAUCGGUCACGUUCAAAAUCACUCUUGAGUGCCACUAGACGCUGGUUAGGCGGGAAUAAAAGUCCGGGAAGUGCUACGAAUUCUGUCAUUUACAGUCCUGAAGCCACAGAGCUUCAAACAAGAAGACUUGGUGAUUUGUGCUUCAUGUUUGGUUUGUAUGAGUUGGCAUAUAGUUCAUAUCAUACAGCCAAAAAUGACUUUAAGAGUGACCAAGCAUGGUUGUAUUUUGCUGGUGCUCAGGAAAUGGCUGCCCUGGCUGCCUUUAUGAACAACAGUGCUGAUUAUCCAAAACGCUACUUAGAGGGGAGUUUACAAACUUACCUGAAUGUGUGCAAGGUUUAUAAUUUUGCCAUAAGAGCUACGUUGUUGAGCACUGAAGUUUUAAAAUAUUGUGGGGAUUUUGGUGAAGCUGCCAUGAUGUUCAUUAAGCUGACAUCUGAGGAGAGUGAUCUGCUUUCUGCCUUAAUGUUGGAACAAGCUGCUCACUGUUUCAUCAACUCUCAACGGCCACUGCCAAGAAAGUAUGCCUUCCAUAUGACACUGGCUGGACACCGGUUCAGCAAAGCUGGCCAGCGUGCUCAUUCUUUAAGAGCCUACAAACAAGCUUUUCAGGUUUAUGCAAGGAGAGGUUGGGUUCUUGCUGAGGAUCAUAUACAUUUCACACUUGGAAAACAAGCCCACCACCUCAAGCAGCUCUCGGAAAGCCUGGGUGCCUAUAGCCUCUUGGUUGAUCAGCGUCUUAAAGAAGACUCACCUAGUCAACAGUCUCAGUCACAACAGAUGACAUAUGUUAGGGAGUUCAUGAACACCUUCCACCAGUAUGUACAACAAGAGUGGGAUCCUUCAACUGGUCUUCCGUGUCUUCCAUUACCGAUUAUUGAUUCACAGGCCACCAAAGUUUUACUAGGAGCUCGCCAGGAGCUCCAGAAUGCUGGCUGGACUGCUGCCUCAGAUGUGUCGUUAGACAUUGAGAUAGGUGCUGAUAAAAGAUGGUAUGCCCUAGAGCAGGAAUUGUUAUCAGUGGCACAUAAUGCCUCAAGUUUUUCAGUAUUUAGACCAAAUCUAAACUUGCUCAGUAAUAAUACUCCAAACACUGUAUGCCCGUUUGUUCCUGUGAAUGAACCUGUGUUUGUAGAAGUUUUCAUGAAAAACCCUCUUACCAUUAGUCUGAUGAUUAGUGAUGUUCAGCUCAUUUUUAAAUUUGAAAAAACAGACGAGAGUGAGAAUGUCGAGGUCCCAGUGAAACAUUCUACAUUUCCUGGCUUCAAUAUUCCCGCUGGUGCUCAGGAAACGGUACGGUUAGAGCUGUAUCCUCAAUGUAUAGGUCAUUUGUUAAUUACUGGAGUCCAGUAUAAGUUAGGUCUUACACCAGAUAUGCUAUCGGGAUCUCUUAGUUCAUCCCCACCUGUUGUGAUAGAGGGUCAACAAACCAUUGAGGUGCGAGGAACUAGAUUAAAUACGAAUAACGUGGAGAAGUGCAGUGUUGUAUAUAGUAAAGAUAAAAGGUUAGAAGUCAGUGUAGUGGCCCCAUUGUCAAGGUUAAGUGUUGCUUUCCAGAAUAUCCCUGGCAUUUUGAGUUGUGGUGAACUUUUCUCUACUGAUGCCAUCAUCACCAACACUGGACCUUGCGCAAUUAGUAAAUUAAUGCUGGCAGUAUCUGAUCCAAAAUCCAUGUACAUGUCUUUAGAAGAGUGCGAAUCGCCAGCCAAAAAUGUGUGCGUGUUGUCUAGCAGCCAAAUGGGGGACAUGAAAAUCUCAGGUCGUGCAAAAAUCCUCCCCUUGCCAAACGGGGCGCUCCGAUCAGGAGAGACGAUCGGUGCCAAAUUGUGGCUUCAUGCACCGCAGUCCUCUGGGGCUUUUGACGUGGAGUUGCUCUUCUACUACGAAACUGAAGACUCUCCUCCCAAGACAAGGUACAGAUUAUUACGUCACUUCAGCAGUAUCUACGUGGAAAGAAGCAUGAGCAUAAAAGUCACAUCCCUAGUGAGUCAGAAUCUUCAAGAAACUAUAAAUAGUACUGCCGGAGGUGACCCAACUAGCACUGGUUCGGGAAAUCUUGUUGUUGAAGCUCACAAUUGUUCAGAGGUGGAUACUAGCUGUAGUUCGUUUACUGUCAUUGGCAUCAGUGCUAAUAGCAAGAAGUGGGCGGUUUUACCACAUUCCCCAUUGCAAGACCAAAAGCUAGGAGGCGAUGAAUCUUGUAAUGUGUGUGUCCAGUGCAUUCCAUAUCAUACCAGUGAUGUGCCAUUAGUUUUAUCACAGCUUCACUUUAGUAAUAACAAACAGAUUCCCUUAUGUUCGUGGUGGCGAUUUACUCUGCGGGAAAGAAUGAAGCUUCUGGAUCUUCUAGCUGAUCCACCUCCCCCCAACCCAACGGCAGACCACAUCCCUCCUCCGCCCACCCAAGCACAAAAGGAUGCUCGUGAUAUGAUCGCAGCUGAUACCUUGGAUAUGGUUGUUACAGUUUUGUGGAUGGGCCAAAGGAACGGAACUCAGACGUGGGGUCAGCACAGCGUCCAUCUCCAAAAUCUUUGCGACUCUGUUUGCGUGCCAAACUUACCAUUGAUUCAGACAGGAGAGGAGGAGAAGCCUCCCAUCAGAAUAAUUCCUGAAGUACCCCUUCCUCCAAUACAGUCGCCUCUCCCUCCACCUGAUAAACAAAAGCAUUUAGUGAAAGUUUCUGCUAAUUUCCCAAGUCUUGUUGAGCAUGAUUUCUUUGUGAGCAGAUUAUGCAGCAUAAAGUUUGAGUUACAUCUUCAAAACUGCAGUGCCUGUUGUCUUGUCACUCAUCUCAACCUCAGCCCUGAGUGUUUGUCUGUAAGUACUGGAAACUCGAGUAACCACAUGUACUCGCCACAGUCAAGCACCCAAGUGCUGUACGUUGGAGGGACAGUUCGAAAGAUCACUUUACAGCCUUGGGAAUUCAGCAAGGUUCCUGUAUGUGCCUUGGUUACCCUACCAGGUACUUACAGUUUAGGAACAUUUAGCCUGACUGCCUUGAGACGGCAUGCAGACUCCUCCGAAGCACCUGUGCCACAGAUGUGUCAGCUUCAGACAGCUGUGGUUGUCAGGGAAUCGAAUAGCAAAGUCAGCCAUCAUCAUCAUUCCCAUAACAGUUAGCAUUUUUGGGUAGCUGUAUGUAAAAUCCCUCAUUGUCACUCAUUUUAAAACGUCAGACAUUCAUAGUGGAGACAUAUAAUACAUAACUCAUUCAUUCUCCUCUUGAAUCUUGGAGUUGUGCUUUGCCUAACAUUGUCCUGAUCAUAUAAAUAUUCAUCUGUGAACACAAUAUAUUUCUAUUAAUGUUGUAUGGAGAUUUAUUAGGAAGUCAGUGUGUAAAUCUUUUUAAUCUCUUGAAUUUUGAUCUUGUUUUAUCUAUUCAAUGUUUGUUCAGAGGUGCACUCGGAUAGAUUUUAUCCUUGUACAGGUGUAUAUGUAUAUUUCUAAAGUUAUUGAAAGGUGAAGACUGCCUUUGUUUAUACUGUACUGUGUUAGUUUAUACUGUAUAUUUUGUAGUAUAGUUUAUUAUAUUAAUUGAUAUACACCAGAUACAUUAAUAAAUUUGGAUAAAUACAA